AGAGGGUGCUCUUGUGUGCCUGGUGCCUGCAGAGCCUGUCUGCAGCGCUGCUCGCAGCCAAGGCGGGGAGAAACCCAGCCUGCCAUUGGGUGAAGCAACCACUUCUGCGGGCCAGGAAGCGAGCUGUGGUGUGCUGCAUGGUAGCUGCUCAGAGCUGUCUGCUCUAGAAGGAGCUAAAGAGGAGUGGGAAAGCUCAGAUCAAGAUGUUUGAAAUGUUUGGGAACCUCUAAUUAGGAAUAAGUCUGUGAGAUAGAAGAAACGAAAUUCUCCAGGUUGGUUGGCAAGGAAGAGAACACGAUGGGAUUCCUGCUCUUCACGCUCACCGGCUUUUGAGUUUCUGCAAAAGCUCAGCCCCGCAGCGGUGUCGGAAGCGGCUCCCCCAUGGCUGCAGCCAGCGGCGAGGGGCUGGCAUGGACCCCGCUUCUGCCGGCUGGCACUGCCCUGGCCCUGCUCGGCGUCCUGGUCUACCUGGGCGCCCUGUGCGCUGCCUGCAGACGCAAGGGCAGGAAGAAGAAGGUCCCUCUGGAUGCGGUGAAGCUGGUGGAUGAGUCCCUGCUCAGACAGACGCAGCUGCGGUCGCUCAGCAAGUCCGACACGAAGCUGCAUGAGCUGUACCGGGUGAAGGCCAGGGAUGACACCCAGCGGCCGGCCAGCCUGGAUUUCCCCUGCGCCGUGGCCCCCCCCACCGGUGCCGACUCCCUGCACAGCUCCGGAGUCAGCGUCCUCCUGCACCGUGAGCUGCCCCAGAUCCCCGUCCCCGAGCUCCCGGCCGCCUCCCCGGCCCCCGACCAAACCUACUCCAACCUGCUCUUCACACCGCUGCGGAAGCCGGUGCCAGACACUGUGUACGAGUGCCUGGCGGUGGGGGGGGAGGAUGCUCCAGUGCCCCCCGCACCCACCAGUACCCAGGUGUGUCCCCCAUGUGCUGGGCACAGGGCGGCCGAUUACGCCUGCGUCCGCAAGGUGAAGAAGACGGUGCCUGCGGAGGUGCAGGAUGGGGCCAUGGCGGGACCUCCCGCAGCCCCGCAGUGCUGGGACGGCACGGGCGACGCUCCCCGGGCGAAGCUGGAAGAGAUGUACUCGACGGUGUGCAAAGCCACCAAGAAGAAAACCCCGGUCCCUGCAUCGUCCCCGAGGGCCACAAGGGAGGCGGGUGCUGGGUGGCCGCUCCCCCGCCGGGAAGAGGGUGCCCUGGCCGGGUGCUGGUCCCCAGCAGCCCAAGGUCCCCCCGACCCCUGCUAUGAGUCCAUCAACGACAGAGCCUGGACUGCUCAGGGCCACGGCCCCGACCCAGACUACGAGGCCGUGGACAUGAAUUGGAAGAAGGCGGCCAAACGGGACAAGCCGGGGAAGCCCUGCGCCCCCGAGAACCUGUACGAAAGCGUCAGUGACAUUUGGGCGGGGGAGUCCCGGCGAGCCUCUGCCAGGACGGCAGCCAACGGGCUGGAGGUGUACAUCACCAACCUAUAGCAUCCCCACGGGACCGGGGUCCUGCCGCAGGGUGCUCCCACCCUGGCCAGAUGCCCUCGGGGUGGGGGUUCCCCCAGGACCGGCUUUCUAGGGGGUUGAGCCCCCCAGGGACGGGCAGACACCAGCCCAGUGCCCACCGGGGUGGCUGUGUCCC